UACUAAACGUAACCACACUCAAAAGCGCCUCUUGAAAGCUCUUAAGGGAGGUCACUGACAUCUAUGUUCCCAAGAUGAUAAUAGCUGCCUUGUUGUUCACGUGCUGCGCCUUUCUAUCACGAACAGACGGCAAGAUAUCACUGACAAAAAGCAACCUCUUCCGUCGUUCAUAUAUCGGGGAAACCAAAGGAUGCGAUAAAGUUUGCCAGAAGGAAUGCAUUCAAGUGCACAACAAAUACAGAGCUAACCAUGAUGCACCACCGCUGGCUUUUGACCAGAAGCUGGCAGACGAAGCACAAGCUUUGAUUGACAAGGGAGUUUUUAAACAUUCUGAGUGGGUGGAGUUAAAAAAUAAAGGCGCUGCGUUUGCGUGGGGUUCUCUUUUCCCAUCAUUCACUGCUGUUAUCAAGAACUGGCACGACGAAGGAGCAUAUUAUGAUUAUCAGACUGGCGCACCAAAGAAAAACUCACAGGUGGUGGAUCACUUUAUGCAAAUGAUGUGGAAGAAGGCUCGUAAAAUAGGCUGUGCGCGUGGCGGUUUGUAUGGUGAACCUUGGUAUGUGGCUCACUAUGAUCAGGCUCCAAUCUCUCAAAAGCAAAACACUGUGGAGAACAUUGAAAGACCAAAACAGGAUGACAGUGAGUGGUUCAAAGAUGAUUCGCCAUUCUCUGAGGAGCUGGCUAACAUGCAACAUGUCUAAGACAAGAAUUCGCUUCUCCAGACUGAUCACCACGGACGAUGAAUCUUUUGAACUUUGAAACAAAAAACAAGAAAGUGUAUGUCAAUCAAAUUCAUUAUUUUUUCAACCGUAGGAUUUACGGCGGAGAGCAGCAUGUUCUCUUGAUUUGCGCCAAUCGUCCGACAUCGUCCUACAUCUUAUUUGUUGUAAUUACGAGGAUAUGUCAUACAAAUGUAAUAAAGUUCUCUUUUCGUGGAUACAUGGGAAUUAUAUCUUAGUCAAAACAAAUCAGUUUUUUUUCUAGUCAU